ACUCCUUCCCCAUUUCAAAUUCACUCACCAACAUCAAUAUUAAUCUCUUCAAUGGCGGCUUUGCAUGAGGACACACUCCUCCUCUUUACCUUAUUCCUCCUUUUCCACCCUUCCUUCUCCAUACUUGGAAACAAUAUUACAGAUGAGCAAGCAUUGCUAGCUUUCAAAGCCGGUCUGAUAUCAGAUCCAUUUCAACUCACAGCUUCAUGGAAUGAGUCUACCAGCUUCUGUGAAUGGGCUGGAAUAACUUGCGGCCACAAACAUCAAAGAGUUGUACAAGUUAACUUGAGCUCAAGCAAUCUCCAAGGCUCAUUGUCACCCGCAAUUGGGAAUCUAAGUUUUCUUAGGGUGAUUUUGCUCCAAAAGAAUAGCUUGACCGGCAUAAUUCCUAGUGAGAUAGGUCGUUUAUCACGGCUACAAAUGUUAAGCCUCGCAAACAAUUCAUUUUCCGGUGAAAUACCAAAGAACAUAUCACAAUGCCGGCUUCUGAACAGUAUUCAACUUGGUGGUAACAAUUUAACAGGCAAACUUCCAGUGGAGUUCCAAUCUUUGUCUAAGCUUCAACUCAUGUACGUUUACCGGAACAAGUUAACAGGAAGGAUACCUCCACAAUAUGGCAACCUCUCCUCGCUCAUUCACUUCGCUGUAGAUGAAAAUAAUCUACAAGGAGAUAUCCCAAAUGAUUUUGGUAAGCUAAAAAGUUUGGGGUAUAUCUCAUUCCGCAGCAACAACCUUUCUGGUAUGGUUCCUGUAUCUUUAUUGAAUCUGUCAUUAGUGAAAAUUGACCUUCAAAGCAAUCAAUUUGAAGGGUCUCUGUCUCUUCCUCCAAAUUUGAGUGGCACAGGCACAUUUCCAAGACUAGAGUUUUUAAGUGUUGCCCACAAUCGCUUUAUUGGCCAUAUUCCACUUUGGCUAUCAUAUGCUCUUAACAUUGAAGUGAUUGAACUUAGCGAUAACUAUUUUACGGGAGAAGUGCCAAAUUUUGGAAGUUUAAAGCACUUGAGGAUCCUUUCAUUCUAUGAAAAUGAGCAUCUUGGAAGUGAAAAAUCUAGAGACCUGAGAUUUUUGGCACCCCUAACCAAUUGUACUGAUUUGCAGUAUCUUGAUUUUGGUGGUUGUAAUUUUGGAGGAGAUCUACCACCAUAUAUUGCUAAUAUCUCAAAUCUCAACACUUUUAAUAUUGGAGAUAACUAUAUAAGUGGGAAGAUCCCUACCGAGAUUUGUCAACUCAUCAACUUGGAACGAUUAGUGUUGAUGGAUAACCAGUUGAGUGGAAUUAUUCCAAACACUAUAGGGAAACUUCCAAAAUUGUUUCUGUUGAUUCUUGAGAGGAAUAAAUUGCUAGGAAAAAUUCCAUCCUCAUUAGGAAAUGUUACUAUGUUAAGUGUCCUCACUAUAUCUUCAAACAAUUUACACGGGGUUAUACCAUCUAGUCUAGCCAACUGCAAGUUCUUACUUCAUAUAGACCUUUCUGCAAACAGUCUUAGUGGUUUCAUUCCAAAAGGAUUGUUUUAUUCAAAUUGGGGACUGGUACAUUUAGACAUCUCACACAACAAUUUAACAAGCCCUCUCCCUUUAGAGAUAGGCUUAAAAAGUUUGACUUUUUUGAAUUUCUCAAACAAUCACUUUUUUGGUGAAAUUCCUAAAAGUUUUAGGUUUUUGUCAAGUGUUGAAACCUUAGAUCUUUCUUCUAAUCACCUCUCAGGGGAAAUCCCAAGCUUUCUGGCAAACCUUAGUUCAUUAACACACCUUAGCUUGUCAAACAAUGAUCUAGAGGGAGAGGUACCACUUGAAGGAGUUUUUGGAAACAAAAAUGGUGUUUUCCUUGAUGGUAAUAGUAAGUUGUGUGGGGGUAUUCAGGAGUUACAUUUGCCAAAAUGCACCACAAAAGAAAUAUCGAAAAAAUCCAGGAUGUCCCUCAGAUUGAAGAUGGGAAUAUCUAUUUCCUGUGGAAUUUUGGGUUCAGUUUUGGUGGUUCUCUUCAUAUGGACUUAUUUGCAUAGAAGAAGAAACAAGAGCAUUUCAUUGGAGAGCCAAACAACAAAAGAGUUGAAGCCUAUGGUGUCUUACAGGAGCCUACACAAUGCAACCAGUGGUUUCUCACUAGAAAAUUUAAUUGGUUCUGGGAAGUUCAGUUCAGUGUACAAAGGCAAUCUAGAUGAACAAGAAAAAGUCGUUGCUAUAAAAGUAAUCAAAUUGCAAGUGAAAGGAGCUUCAAAGAGUUUUAUAGCAGAGUGUGAGGCAUUGAGGCAUAUUAGACAUCGGAAUCUAGUAAAGGUUGUAUCGUCCUGCUCCAGCAUUGAUUACCAAGGCAAUGAUUUCAAGGCAAUUAUUUAUGAGUACAUGGAUGAGGGAAACCUGGAAACUUGGCUGCAUCAUCAUUCAAAAGAAAAUGACCAAAACAAUGAGUGCACAAAUUUGAGCUUGUUGGAAAGAGUAAAUAUCGGAAUUGAUAUUGCUUGUGCACCUCACUAUCUUCAUGUUGAGUGUGGAACACCUUUAGUUCAUUGCGAUCUCAAACCAAGUAAUGUUCUAUUGGAUUGUGACUUGAUUGCUCAUGUAAGCGACUUUGGAUUGGCAAGGUUUCUUCCAGAGGCUGCACAUACGAGUUCUUUGGGAGUUAAAGGGACUGUUGGAUAUGCUGCUCCAUAGUAUGGCAUGGGAAGUGAAUUCUCAACAUUCGGCGAUAUGUAUAGCUAUGGAAUACUCUUACUGGAGAUUUUUACGGGUAAAAGUCCCACCAAUGAUAGCUUCAUUGAUGGUCUAAAU